AUUUUAAACCCACAUGAUCUUCACUCCAUCAGCUUCUCCAAAAGGCGCUCAGGUAUCAAGUUGAGUCCAUGCUGAAGCUUUUCUACCUCCAGGUUUGCUCUUUCUAAAGCUCAGCAGGUCUCCUGAAGGGUUCGGGCUGCUGCUGCUGAGGCUGAAUAAAUGCGGAUGGGGAGGGAAUCACCCUUAUAAAAAAGCGAAGGAGUGACUGCUCUUCUCCAGUCCUACUCUCAUCCUCCGGGCUGCUGCUGCUGCAACAGAGCGAUGGACUUAACAGAAGACAUGAAGCAAGUGCUGUGAAGAUCGAGUGGAUAUCAGCUGAUGCACACAGGAGGAGGAGGAGGAGGAGGAGAAGGAGGAGGAGGGAGAGAGAGCAUCAGUUAGAGAGAGAGAGAGAGAGAAAGAGAGAGAGAGAUUGGAGCAGGUGAUAGAGCCACACAGUAAACCUCCAAGGGGCUGAUCUCCAGUCUGAUUGCGUGCGCGGGACUCUCUCUCUCGGUCGUGCCGUGUGUGUGAUCAUGGUGCCAGCCGCGUCCGCGUGCCCCGGACUCCUCCACGCCAUGCUCGCGCUCUUCGUCCUGCUGCUGGCGGGCGCCGGACAGCUGUGCCUCGCGCAGAACGACACCGAGCCCAUCGUGCUGGAGGGGAAGUGCCUCGUGGUGUGUGACUCGAACCCCUCUUCGGACGGGGGGGUCACCUCCUCGCUCGGGAUCUCCGUGCGCUCCGGAAGCGCCAAAGUGGCCUUCUCCGCCGUGCGCGGGACCAACCACGAGCCAUCCGAGAUGAGCAACACGUCCAUGACCAUCUACUUCGACCAGGUGCUGGUGAACAUCGGUAAUCAUUUCGAUCUGAAGGCGAGCGUCUUCACGGCGCCGAGGAGAGGCAUCUACAGUUUCAGCUUUCACGUGGUGAAGGUGUACAACAGACAGACCAUACAGGUGAACCUGAUGCAGAACGAGUACCCAGUCAUAUCGGCGUUCGCCGGAGAUCAGGACGUCACGCGGGAAGCUGCGAGCAACGGAGUGCUGCUGAUGGUGGAACGAGACGACCGGGUGUAUUUGAAACUGGAGAGGGGAAACCUCAUGGGAGGAUGGAAAUAUUCCACGUUUUCUGGAUUUCUAGUGUUCCCGCUAUAACUGCUCUCACCUCCGCCUUGUUCUGAAGAAGAUGAAAACCCGAACCUGGCGACGCGAGUGGCGCGUAAACCCAAAACAUACGAGUAUAAAAACACAACAACACACGAAACAAAAGAAAAACAAAAGAGCAAAGCUAAAUACGGACUUGUGAACGCGUGGAGUUUUAUGAUCUAUAUUAUCCUGCAUCCAAGUGGCCAGCGCAGACUCGAGGAUGAAACUUUUAAGACGCUGAUGCUGAUUGGUUGUUGGAUUUUAUCCAUGGGGGGAGAAAAACCUGUAAAACUUUCUCCAACUUUGGCCUGGACAUCUCUACACUAGCACUAUAAAGGCGAAGCUGUUCUGUUUAAGACGAGAAACUCUAAACCCUGAACUGCGCGCGUGUAAUCGAUGCUUCACGUCGUUUGUGUACAGCCUUAAGUGGAGCUGAGGACGAUCCAGAGUCAAGAGAGCGAGAGAGUGAGAGAGAGAGAGAGAGCUUCUACAGCCUGAAGCAUUUUUUUGCACGAACGGAAGAUUCCAGUUUUUUGUGGUGUUUUCAUGGUGUUUCGUUUGGAUGCUGAACAUAUUUGGACAAGAUGCCAAAACAGUGGGCCGCCUACUAUACGGUGAUCAUUAAAAGAGAGAGAAAAAAAUACAUAUAUACAUAUAUAAAUAUAAUAAUGGAGACAUCUUAAAACUUUUACUGACCGUCUAUCUAAUCUAUACCAAUUCAUAAUCACAUGGUGUGUGCUGCUACAUUCCAGAUUUGCGUAACUUUGACUGAUUUAGUGUUCAGUGACAUUGAUCACAAAUGUGCAUUGUGGGUAAAAAAUGAGAAAAGAAAAAAAUCCCUAUAUGAUGUCCCGCCUAAUAAAAUAUUGUAUUGUACGCGUA